AUGGCUCUAGAACCUAAGGUGCCAUCGAUGCACAGCCGCUUGAUGGGUACCCGAAUUCCUCAUCCUCCUAGUACCAAUUUCAAUGACGAUCGUGAUUUCCCUUCUCCUCCCUCUAAGCGGGCCAGAGUCGAUGGGGUUUCCAAUACUGGUGGCACUGCCAAACAUGGCUCGGCGAAGAAAGGUGGGGUGAGAACGAGUAUCAAAAAUGAAGUUCUUGAUUCCGACGAUGAGCACCAAGAACUCAAUGGUCCAUCAAAUGAGUUGCAAGGGGCCCCCAGAGCCACCCAAUUAGAAACAGCACUGCCACCUAUUCAGACUGACGAAGAAGCUAUCGAGGCUUAUGAAGCGUACAAAGCGGGAGAGAGGGUACUGCAAGACCAAGACAAAGAGCAAGGGGACACCAGUACUACGCAGUCUCGAUUCGAGUCGAGAUCAUGGGUAAGAGGCCGAAGCUCUCUAUAUGUCGACGCGUUCAACCUUGCUCUAGACACUGUUCUCGGGGAUGAAAGUCACUUGUUCAAUGAGGCUGAAAUGAAGGUCUUUCACGACUGGCGCGAGUUGGAUUACGAGGCACAAUAUCUCUAUGUCAGGCUGUUCCUGAGGAAGACCAGUAAAUGGUUUCGCGUCAAAGAACUUCCUUACUUCACUGAUAUAUCUGAUAUUGAUGCGUCGGUGGCCGAACUUCAGAAGGAGAGAGGUCUGCCAGAUGUGUCUUCUGAGGUCGUACUCCACCCUGGUGAGCUUGAUCCUCCAGAAGGUAUAGUCUUGGGUGAAACAUACGCCUUCGCAGAAUGCUCUUCUGAACAUAUCACAACUCUGGACAAGGCAAGUGAACUCUUACUUUUAGAUGAGCUGAAGUCUCUCGCGAAGGAUGCUAAGGUCCAGGGCAAGAAUAAACGUGAGCUACUGCAAAACUUUCGUCGGACCAGUGGAAAACAAUCUGGUCUGGGCUUUAAAGAACUCCACCGGACAGAGACUGAGGCAUCCGCUGGCAGCGCUGUCUCAGACGAUGGGAAAUCGGGCUUAGAUGAUGACGACGGAGAUAGCGGUGGUUCGAGAACACCCAUCGCAAAUCGUGACGCGCAUUUCACCAAAAAGAUUCUGGAUCGGACGGGACGGUGCAUUCGACUUGCUCUGACACCAUUGAAGUUGUUUGAGCGUGUGCACCUUGUCUUCUAUCGCAGCACCGAAUGGACAGAGAAGAGUUUGACAACGUUGAUACUUGCAAAGAUCUCUCGGCGGAACUUUCCACAGUAUAUUGUCAGUAGAUCUACGACUAUUUUCGAAUCGAGAGCUCUUCUGCUUGAGUUUGAAGCGAGUCUUCGUACACAAUUUCAGAUGGAUAACUUUCUCGAGUUCAACGGCACUCCUAGCACCUUGACUCUUCAGGAGGUCAAAGAUAUUUUUGAGGCAGUAUAUCCUCGAUGGAAGAUCUUACUCAAGGAGGAGCAACGGAAGGAAGACCGUGUAUACGAAAGUGGAGAAGGAGCAUACCUUCGACGUUUUAGUCCUGCUUGGGUUUAUACCCGGAUCGUGCAUAAAGGGUUGCAUCCCCUGGCAAGAUUCAAGGAACACCUGCGGGAGCACCAAGUGCUGACAGAGUUAUUGGACCAACGCUUAUUCCAUGCUGCUAGACGAGGUGCAUGGUAUCAACGCAAAGCACUGUUGGAAGAACAUUAUCUGCAUGCUCUCACUCCUGGCGAAGGGCGGAGCGUUGAAUCAAACAAAAAACAUUGGAAACGAAUAGCGCUCAGGACUUGUGAGGAAGGGUUGCAAGACAAAGAAUGUCAUAUCAUCUACCAUUACGAUCUACAGAAGAGGAUCAAGAAGCUGGAAAAACAACUUCGGCUUCCCAUGCGAGAACAACAUGAUUUUGGACACGUCAGACUUAGUAAGGCAGUUGAGAGAGAUGUUAUUGGUAUAAAAUUUGAGAGCCUACGGGAGGACACACCUUCGAGGAAUCUGAGCCGCAAGAACAUCCCUGGUGCCAAAACAGUCUGGCUUGAUGAGCUCGACACGCAAGAGCGUGUAUCAGUGGAAGCAAUGUGCCUCUCCCAUUACCGCAAAGUCCUAGGCUACAAAGGCUACCACUCCGAAGGAGGUAUCCUCCGCACGCUAUUCGGGCUACUUUUCAACGACAUCCUCUUCUUCAAUCCCUAUAUCCCCAAUGUGUUUCAAACUGCAUACCAAACCUGCCCACUCGAUCUCCAUACCGACUCGUUCUAUUCCUCACGCGUUCACGAAAUCACACAACGCGUCAACGAGAUCUCCAACGGUGGAGCAUUGGAAAUCGCCGCACGCGUCUGGGACGAGAAUUUCGACAACAAGACUUUCAUAAUCGGUGUCAAGUGGGACGGUUUCGAGCGCAACGAUCUUCUCGAGCUCAUCCAGUGUUGGGACGGCAAUGCCCUCGGUACUGUCAUGCUGGUCAUGGCGCAGGAAUAUCAGGCCCGCGGGGGCGGCGUGCCGGAUCUGAUGCUCUGGAAGAAGUACGAUGAAGACUCUAAGGAAAGUGAUUGCGGCGACGCCCUUGAUUCGAAAAAAGGGGAGAUCAUGUUCGUCGAAGUUAAGUCCGCCAAUGAUCGACUCAGCGAUACUCAGCGCUUGUGGAUCUCCGUCCUACUGGGGGCCGGCGUGAAGGUCGAGCUGUGUCAUGCCGUUGCUGGUGAGGUACGCGCUGAAUAG